UUUUGUUCUUAUUAUGAUAGUUGCAGUUACACCUGUGGUGUUCUCUUUUAUAUAUGUCAAAACUUGUGUGUAAUAAACUGACUUUAUAGGGAAAUGACAGUGCCGUCUGUGGUACUGCCAAAUUCACCGCUGGCAGAGAGAUGUGAAAAAGGUCUGGUGCCCAGAUAGACGAGCAGUUUGCAGACAUGGGUUUCUCUUACGAGGACUGAACCACUUCCGUGGAGAAAUAUACGCGUACCCAAUGUUUCUCCAAAAAGAGAUGUCCAAGAAGGCAAAUGUUGACUUCUUCUGUAUGGAUGUAACAUGCAGGUACUGGCCAUACCUUCAUAAAAUAGCCGAGGGAUUACCAGAGCUUCUGCCGUUGACAGAAAUGAGGCCAUUUCUUAGCGUGAUGCAUGCUAAAGCCCAUACAGCAACAUGCGAGGUGAGAGGGUGGCAGAAGUCAGGACGGGGCAGGAAACACAGUGGGAGAGGAAGUAGAGCAGGUGAACAGCUUUCUCUCCAGGGCAGCUCUGGUCACAAAAUACAUGACAAAAUCAGGAAGAGGGAACCUGCUUACUCAACAGGCCAUGGGAUGGAACAGAAGGAAGAGGGAACCUGCUUACUCAACAGGCCAUGGGAUGGAACAGAAGGAAGAGGGAACCUGCUUACUCAACAGGCCAUGGGAUGGAACAGAAGGAAGAGGGAACCUGCUCACUCAACAGGCCAUGGGAUGGAACAGAAGGAAGAGGGAACCUGCUCACUCAACAGGCCACGGGAUGGAACAGAAGGAAGAGGGAACCUGCUCACUCAACAGGCCAUGGGAUGGAACAGAAGGAAGAGGGAACCUGAUCACUCAACAGGCCAUGGGAUGGAACAUAAGGAAGAGGGAACCUGCUCACUCAACAGGCCAUGGGAUGGAACAUAA